UUCUCCCCAUCGGGCCAGACUUUGGGUGUGGGUACAAGAAGGGCCAGUCAGUGGUUACACGGUCUCUACACGGUCACAAGGCGGACAUGUUGUCGGUGUAUUUCCGUCAAUGUGCGCGGUGUUCUGACGCGUGAAGGGGGGAAGAACAAAAAAUUCCACCUUAUUUUUUAUUAUUUCUCUCAUGAAUAUCACCAAUUUUCCAUUAAAACGGAUAAAGUGCCAGAGUUUGUAUUGUGACGAGUGAGUUAAUACAUUGAACAUAUGUGAAGUGACUAGUGUAUUUUGAAUUUUCUAGCGUUACUUCGCCGACAAUACAGGAUUUUUCUCUCUAUCCAGUUGCAAUAAUGAGUUGGGGUAGUGAACUUUGGGAUCAGUACGACAAUCUAUCCCUGCAUACGCAAAAGGGGAUAGAUUUUUUGGAGAGGUAUGGACAUUUCAUACGGGAUCGGUGUAAAAUUGAAGUGGAGUAUGCUGGAAAUUUGAGAAGGCUAGUGAAAAAUUACCAACCGAAGAAAAAGGAGGAGGAGGACUACCAGUACAGUCCGUGUAAAGCAUUCAAAUUAGAACUGAAUGAGGUAAAUGAUCAAGCAGGACAGAGGGAAGUUAUAGCGGAGAAUCUCCAGGCGAAUGUUCUUCGUGAGCUGAAUUUACUAGUUAAAGAUUUCAAGGAAGAUCGAAAAAAACAUCUUCAGGAGGGUGCAAGAUUAAUGACAUCAUUGACAACGCAAAUUGGUAACUUAGAGCGAGCUAGAAAAGCGUAUGAGAAAGCAUUUCGUGAAGCGGAGAGGGCAAUUGAGAAUUUUCAAAGGGCAGACGCUGAUCUGCACUUGUCGAGAGCAGAAGUGGAGAAGCAGCGAAUGAAUAAGACGUUGAAAACACAACAGAGUGAGGAGGCAAAAACGGAAUACGCGAAUCAACUACAGAAAACUAAUGAACUCCAGAGGCUUCAUUAUCACACUGCGAUGCCAGAAGUUUUUAAACAUUUGCAGGAAUUGGAUGAGAAAAGAAUAAAGAACAUGAGGAAUUACAUGCUAAAAUCAGCGGACAUAGAACGAGCAGUGGCACCGAUAAUUGCCAAAUGUUUGGAUGGAAUUGAGAGGGCGGCUAAUGAAAUUAAUGAGAAGGAGGAUACGAUGCUGGUGAUUGAACGGUACAAGAGUGGUUUCACACCACCUGGUGAUUUUCCAUUUGAGGAUCUAUCUGAUGCUAAGACAUACGACAGCAAUACACAAUUAUCACAGCUUGCAAUGCAACCGAUACACAAUCAUUUGACCGUCAAAGGUACAGUUUCUGGUGGAAAAAUCAAGAAGAGGGUCGGAAUAUUCGGAAUUUUCAGCAGUAAUAAGAAGUUGAUCGAGGUGUGCAUAGCUUUGAAGAACAAUGUGCCUGGCUAUGGUGACGGUGUGAAGGAGGAUUGCAGUGAUUUGCCUCCAAAUCAGAGGAAAAAACGGUUGCAACAGCGAUUAGACGAUAUUCAGGCGAAAAUACAGCAGGAAACAGCAGCGAGAGAUGGACUGAUGAAGAUGAAAGGUGCAUAUGAACACAAUCCAGCCCUCGGUGAUCCUAUGAGUAUAGAAGGCCAAUUAAAUCAAUCGAGCCAUAAACUCGACAAACUGGGUGGCGAGUUGACCAAGUUUCAGGGAUAUCUCGAGGAAGCCAUAAAAGCAGGCGCUGGACUCUCAAGUCCCAGUCAAGCGUCGAGAAAGCCAACGAGUAACGGUUCCACGACACGAUCAACAAAUUCGAGGAGAUCGAGUCACUCAGGCGGUGAAGAGAGUCUGUCACGAUCGGCAUCAGAUUCAAGCGUUAGCAAUGCCAACGCCAAUCAACCAGUGCAUAAGAAGAGUGCACCAGGGACUCCACAGCCAAGUCAUGAUUCCACGAAUAGCCCGGAAUCUGGACUUGGUGCGUCGAGAACGUCGUUACCCGGCAGCGGAGGUGAGGAUUAUUAUGCGGACGAGGUCGAUGCACCACCACCACUAGGAACCUGUCGAGCGCUCUAUCCAUUCGAUGCAACGAGUGAGGGCUCAAUUCCAAUGUUCGAUGGUGAAGAGCUCUACAUGAUCGAGCUGGAUCAGGGUGACGGUUGGACGCGUGUCCGCAGAAUGUCACAGCCCAUCGAGGGCUUUGUCCCCACUUCCUACAUAGAAUUUCAGCUGUACAACACAUAAUUUCCCUCCAGUGAUUCGUAAGAAUAUCUAAAUGGUUUUUUAAAGUGGUGCGUUGUUGAAAAUAAUAUUUCCUUUUCAAUGCCGAAAGAAAAAAAAUACUCGACAGGCAGAUUAAUCCAGCGAACAAUUGUUCUGGGUAUCCAUAAAUAAUCGCUUGAUAAAUGUGAUUAAGCCUGAACAAUGUGAAAUAUCAAAUUGGCCUCUUUGUGGCCAAUAGAAAAUAGUUGUAAUCGUUUGAUUUAGUUUCGUGCAAUUUAACAAACAUUGUAAUAUUUUUUUUUUCAUUUUUAUGACAGUCAUUAAAAUUGAGAUCAUUAUCCAUCAGUGACAGUUGAGUUUAAGUGCAGAUAUAAGGAACAUUAUAAUCAACAUUGAUCUUCAUUACGUAUGAUCAAUGGAGAUCGUUGUGAAGGGGCUUUGAAUGUGGCACAUUAAGCGCGUGUUACCUCAUCGAGGAAAAUUAAUAUUCAGCUAUGGGUGUACGAGUGAUUUCAUGUAAAAAAAAUUUUGUAUGAAUGGGACUUAAUGCGGUUGUGGAAAAAAUUUUUACUCUGAUUAAAAUCUACUACCUAUAGAGCUCUAUUCAUUCUACAAUGAAAAUAUUUCGGUGAUGAGUGAGAUUAAUUACAGAAAUUUUCAGUCUGAAUUGUAAUAAUUACUGACGGGAAGUUAGAUUUCUGUUCAAUUAUCUUCACUCGUCUUUUGCUUCUGAUGAAUUUUGCUUGAGGCUCGUUGAAAUUCAUCGUACAUAUUGGAAUUAUUAAUGAUAUAUUCAUAGCACUCGUUACGAGUUAUUUGUCAUCGCACGGAAUAUUCACAGGGGCUGGCCCACGGAUGGUCCUGGAUUAGGUAUUUUCUAAUGUAAAAAAUGGAAUGGAUAAAUUACAUGAGACUGAUAUCCGCAUGAAUAUCUCCCCGUGUGCGCGGUGACAUUCUAGAUUCUAUCAUGUUUAUUUUGAUAGAAUUAUGGUAGGAGAGGGUGUGAUAAAAUGGACACUUGUGAUUUUGUUUCCUGAUGUUCACAGUUCAGAAAUAAAUUUGUCAAUCGUCAGGCUGGGCCCAUCAGAGCGGGAAAUAGUUAUCUUGUUCUGGAAACAAAAUUAGCCGUUCCAUUAAAAAAUAAAUGAGCAGUUGACAUUCAAAAAAAGGAAAAGCUGUCCAUUUUGUUACAUUACCCUCUAAUUGAUGAUAAUUUAAAGACAAGUCACGAAGAGAAAGGAUUGUAGGAAUGUCUGGAGAAUUUUCUAGGAAAUUCCAUCGGGUUUUAAGACACAUUAAAGUAUUCUUUUUAAUAAAAAUGCUUAAGAGAACAUUUUUUACGUGAUAACUCAAUAGAAUCUGAUUUUUAUAUGUAAUUUUUCUAUCUAUUGUCUGGAUUUUCCCUUUGAUUUGUUCGAUUAAGAGAAUUUAUCGAACAUCUAAGCGAAUUUUCUGUUAAUUUUUACAGAUUUUUUCUAUAAUUUUUUUUUCAUGGUGAUGUAGUAUGUUAAUCACUCAUUGCUCAUAGCUAUAUCUCUGUACAUAGUGUGGAUUUGGGAAGAGGGUAAUUUUGAAAAUUACUAAGCAAAUUUACAAACUGAUGGCAACAGAAUUUUUAAACACACAUUCGUUAGGUUCGAUGUAGGACAUAUUUAUUCGAAUAUCCUUCAUCUCAUUCGUUGAAUCAUACUCCACAUAGUCUCUCUCCCCUUGAACGGUCUAAUGAAUAACAAUUUAAAUGCACUGAAAAUAAGUCUCAAAAUUAUUUUAAUUCAUUGCACCUCAACAUUUACUCGUAAAUUACUAGGGACAAAUAGGUUAAUCAACAAAGAGACUUGAGCAAGAAAGUAACGAGUAUAAGGAAGAAUUGUUUUACGUUGACGAAUCUGUUGAUUGGUCUGGGGAUGAGGGAAAUUUAGAACAGGAAAAAAUUAAUUGUAGAUUGACAGAAAUUGAAGAAUCAAAUAAUAUGAUUGAGAAAAAAAAUAGAUAGCCAAUAGAAAGUGGACAUAUGGAUUAAUUCACUUGUUAUUGAUUCGUUGAUUUAACUACUUCCGAAUCAUCAUUGUAAAUAAUUACGUUCCAGUAAUGAAAUGCAUAGCUUUUGGCUAAUUACUCAAAGGACGAAACAUUCCAGUUGAUUUUUUUUAUUGUUCAAGUUGUAUCUGACAAUUCUAAGAAAGUCAACUGUGAAUUUAGGUUUAAAUACUUUGUUCCUUAUCUUUUUUUUAUAUUAGACCGGCGACAGUAGCGACACAAUCGAAUUUGACAUUUAUACUUACGAUUUUUUUAAUUCGUUGACUCGGUUUAUUUAGUUUUUUAUUGACACGUACUGUUUCUGCUAUUUAUCUACGUUUUUUUUUAAGAUCACAAAUUUGCAACUGUAUUUGAACAGAAUAUCAUGAAUUAACUACGCUGAGAUUAUCGAUUUGAGGAUUUAUCAAUAGCGGAUAAGAAGAAUUUAUUGGGGAAAAUAAAAACGUGUCUAUACUCUGUAUAUUUUGUGAUUUUAUAUGAAAUUGAAAAGUAUUGUAGAUAAAUACCAUCCGCAAACAUUACAUCUUUAGUAUUAAGUAAAAUUAAUUAAUGUUUAGGAAAUAUAAAUACUAAAAAAGUGA